AUGGUCGAGUCAACGUCUCGUCAGUCAUCUCGUAAGCAAAUAAGUGACACAAAAUACCUCAAUAGUAUUUUCAAAAUGGCAGUGAGUUUGGUAAUAUUAUUACAGUUGUGUCUUAGUGUAGUUCGUUCGGAUAUUUAUAAUGUGAACAUCAGUACUGAGGGUCACAUCAAUCUGGUCGACGACAGGUUUCUCAGUUUCAGUAUAGACCCCAGAUAUCUGUUGCUGUCCGAUGAGAAGUAUUACAGUAAGGAGUGCACCUGUAUGGCGUCCGCUCUGUCGCCGGCCUUCCUGCGGAUUGCUGGACCCACUACCGCACGUCUCGGCUUCAACAACCACACCGUGCGCUUCGAUGAUGAUGAUGAACAAGGUGACUUAUCAAAAGAGUUUCGCGACACUUUGGUAACGAGAUCACAAUGGGAGAGGUUCACAAAGUGGGCCCAAUCAAUUGGAUUGGAGCUGGUGUUUGCUUUAAACAGUAGUGACAAAACUCGUUCCGGUAUGUGGGACCCCAACACUACUUUAAACAUCUUCACAGCAGCUGACGCCGCGCACAUUGGGAAUAUGUUUUGGCAGCUGGGCUACGAGUGCAAAAACCAAUCUAUAGAAGAAUACUUGAAUGAUUUACAAACUCUCCGUGUCAUUAUCGAGACGUUUCCUCCAGGGCGAGACAAGUCCUGGAAAGUGGUGGGCGCUGAUGUCACCGACUGCUUACAAGCAGACUCUAAAAGUGACUUCAAGGAUUACGUCUCUUUAUCAAACGACAUGACGGACGCCAUAUUUUUAAAUGGAAAUUCAUCAUCCCGAGAAUUAGAGCGCAUGUCUGAAAAAGAAAGAUUAAAACUGCUUAAGUUAUUAAGCAGAAGCAAUAUUCCACUUUGGCUGACAGAGAAGUCUCAACAAGAUGGAGAGUUAGAGAGAGCUGCCGAAUGGAUGGCUAGCCUCGGAUUCGCAGCACGAAACGGGUUCUCCGUUCACUACCGAGAGUUGUUGGAAGAUGAGUUGCACGUCCCAACGUUGAGUUUUUAUAUGGCCCUCUUGUUUAAAAACCUAGUAGGACAACGGGUCCUCGAUGUUGAUAUGGACGCAUCUAAUGCUACUCUAUUUGCCCACUGCACUUCGCUACAUCAUAGUCCAAUUCCUGGAGCUCUCACCCUGUAUGGCGCAAAUAUGGACGAUGAACCUGCGAGGUUCUCUAUCAAAAUGUCGCAGAAAGAAGAAGGAGGAGAUAUAAUGCAGUUCAUACUCGGACAUGAUCUAAAUGGGAACAUAGUAGUGAACAGCAAAGCCAUGUAUUACGACGGUGAUAUUCGUCCAGUAAUAAAACGGAUUCGUCCAUAUAAAACUUUACUCAUAAAUCUUCCACCUAAGUCAUUUGGCUUCUGGGUUUUAGCAAGUACUCAAAAUGUAGGGGCAUGCCGGGAUUAUAAUAAUAAAUAUACAUAUUUGAGAAAAAUUAGACCAUUUAGGACAAUUAAAUCUAUGACAUCACAUAAAAGGCUAUCUAGGCAAUCUAAAGGUAAGCCCACGAUUGAUCAAGAUAACAUCGUUAACUCUAAUAAGCAACAAGAGGCUCCAAAAUCUUAUAACCCACAAAGGAAUAUAAAAAAAGAUGAUUUAAAUGAACACAAAGCAGCACCAAGAUUUAUGGAAAAUCAUCCAAAAGAGAACAUGAAAUUACGCAAAAAAAGAAGUAUAAAUGACAAGAACCAAAUGAAGGCCAGUUUUGUUUCCUCAGAGAACACAAUUGACAUUGACAGCAAAGAAACACAAAGAUUCGCGAAAAUUUUUAAAAAGAUUAAGAGAAUUAGCAAUUUGCCAAUGAAAGUUAUUAACAAAGAAGAAUUCGUUGAUGAUGAAGAUAUUCAACCAGAAGAAGAGAACGGAGUGAUGUUACAUACGAAACUGACUGAGGACGGCGCAGUUAUAAAUGUCAGUGACCAUACAAAUUCUGGCAUUAUAAGAACUACUUUUGAAGAUCUAUUGUCGUUACUAUCAGAGCUUAACCAAAAUUUGAAAAGGGUUUGGAGUGUCGUUACACUUUUAGAGUAA